AUGUUGGCAUCAGAAUUACCUUACGAAAUUACCUUUCUUAUUGCAAAUUUUCUUCAACCCAGAGAUAAAGUUCAAUGUUGCCUUGUGUGCAAGUCUUGGUUGCUAGCUUCCCAGGAAUCUCUUUUUGAAACAAUAUCUGUUAAAAGCUAUUGCAAUGUUAAUGAGCUGGUGUAUGCAACCAAUCCAGAAAACAACCUACUUCGGAAAUAUUGUCACAAAACUCGAAUGCUCAACAUCGGUAGGAAUAUCUGUCUACGUGAUAGGCAGCUUCUCGCCCUCCAGAAAAACCUUCCGUGUGUACAAGUCUUCAAGUGGAACAAUGCGAUUGUUGAACGAUACCAGCUUAUCAAUUGUUGUGGGUGGAAUCUGUGGGAAAAAUCACUCACAAACCUCAAAAUUACUGUGCUACGCCAUGAUUACGCUUCACUAUCAAACAUCUUUGUUUCAAUACGAUCUAAUCUAUCCCGGUUGAGACGACUACACAUCACUGAUCAGUACAAUGAAAGAGCGCUUCAGUGCACCUUUAACGAUUUUGAACUCCUUAAUGAUCAACUACCCGAAUUGAUAUACAUGUCGCUGAGUGUCCAUCUUUAUGAAAUGAAACCAGCCGAACUUUUGAAGAUCAAAUAUGUAAAGCCAGCGCCUCGUUUAAAAGUUCUUGGAUGUUGUGUUGAGGAAGCUACCAUUGAAUGGCUAUACUACCUUGCUGUUAAGUAUCCAAACAUCAGUACUCUUAAAACUUUUGAUUUCUCCCGGUUUACAAUUGAUGAGCAGACUUCUCUAGCGGGAAAUAUAUUCAAACAGCUUUCAUUUCCCUUUCAACGAUUGGAGAACAUUGAUGUCUGUGUCAAUAUGGCUUCAGAACAAGUAUAUCUUGAUUUUGUAAAUCAACUUCGUCUUUUCAAUACUUCUCUCAAGGCCAUAUGUCUUUCUGUGGAUGGAAUAUCGAGAGACAGCAUGUCGUCAAAUAAUAUCAUAAAAUCAACAAACGUAUUUGCAAAUACAUUGCAAACAAUCGAAAUUAAAUCCUGUCCAGGUAUCGUGCAGUGCUUGGACCUUAUUCCUGAGCUCGUAUACUAUCCUCAUCUAGUUGAUCUCAAUAUCUGCAUUAAAGAUGCUAUAGUCAAUCUGGAUGUUCUUCUGGAGAAGUAUCCGCUGUUAAAGACCUUUAGUAUUUCUGAUGGUGUUCUUAAUUCUAGUCCGAACUUGCCUAUCCCCCCAACUGAAAAUGCAUUGUGCGAUUUAUCACUCAGUAAUAUGUCAAUCUCUGCUAGUACUCUCAAGUCUAUCUCUAUUUUUUGCAAGAAACUUACCAAUAUGGAGCUCAAAUGCGUAGAUAUAGAAGGAUCUCAACAGGGAGCUACUUUAUAUUAUUGCAUUGAUAUGUCAUCAACCCACUUUACAACGCUUUUUAUUGAAAGCAUCCAAUUCACCAACGUCGUCAAUCAAGAUACUAUUAACAUGUUUGCUUUUUCUUUAUCAAAUGUUUCUGCAGAAAAUACCUGGGUGUAUUCUUGGUACAUGCAAGCAAACGUUUUUAUGGCCCAACAAUCAAAAGCACGGAAGCUAAACAAAGAAGAAUCAAAGGAAGCUGGAGAAUAUUUCCAUAACUUCCCCAGAAAUAUUCAGCCAAAGUAUACCAAGGAUCAGAUUCACGAUACUAUACGGUUUUCAUCAAAAGACAACUGGAGGGAUGUACUUUCUAAUGGCUAUGCUAUUUUUAAAUACGGUUCUGUAAAAAACCUUCUACUUGAGACUAAACAUGAAAAAUAG